AUGUCAGCGGGGCUCAAGGUCGAAGCUGCAGAAGAAGACUUCCUCCUUCUCUCUUCUCUCUCCUGACGGCUGGUCCCUCAGAGGGCUCCUAAUUAUAGACGGCCUGUUUCCCCCGACGACGACCGUCACUUCCUGUUUGUCUAAUGAGAACCGAGUGGACACACACACACACACACACACACACACACACACACACACACACACACACACACACACACACACACACACACACACACACACACACACACACAUUGUUAGGGGUUCCUGUUCCUGAGGGUCUGUAGAUCCACUCAGAGAGGUGGUGAAGCUGAGGAGGGGAAAGGAGCUCUGCUGAGGAGGUUUAGAUUGUGACUGAGGAGGUGGAGGAGGAGAAGAGAAGGAGGGCAGGGGACAGAAGAAAGUAGAAAGCAGGAGGAGUAAAAGAGUGAGAAAAGCGUGAAGUCCAGAGAAGGAGAAGGGAGCAAGAAGAGAGAAGGAGGCGAUUCAAAGGAGGAGCAAGGAAUCAGGCAAUCACACUGCAGACGCUGUGUGAGGAGGAGAAAAGAGAGGACAGCUGAUGUGACUUUGGGGUCAAAACAAAGAGACCUGGAGGAAGAAGAGGAGAAGAAGAGGAGGAAGAGGAGCAGCAGAUGACUGUUAAUUGACACUUGAACUGUGUUUGAGGAGCAGAUCUAAUCUUGGUGAUGGGCUGCUGUCUGUUUGUUUACUAUCGGAAGAAGAGGAAGCAGGCCAGCAGAGAUGCAGACUCCCUCAGUCUCUGCAGUCUGGACAUCAACGAGCCCAGCACCAAGCGCAGUAAAGUUGUAUCCAGGGUGACGUCUCUGGCCAGCCUGCUGCCGCCCGUCAAGACGGCACCGCUGAAGAGGAUCAGUCAGACACUGCAGCGCUCCAUCAGUUUUCGUAAUGACAGUCAGCUGGAGAGAGCCGUUCAUCCUCCUCCCUCCUCCUCAACAAUGAAGACUCGGGUUAUCUCAGCGACGGUCUCCAACCCUUCCUCCUCCAUGACUGCCACACGGGUUUCCACAGCAACUGCCCAAGCCGCCAAGCGCCGGGACAGCAAGCUUUGGAGUGAGACGUUUGACGUCCGACUGGGAGCGACUCAACCUCUGAGCCCAAAAGAGAUAAAACGACAAGAGGCUAUAUUUGAGUUGGCUCAAGGCGAGCAAGACUUGGUGGAGGAUCUCAAGUUGGCUAAGAAGGCCUACCAUGACCCGAUGCUGAAGCUGUCAAUCAUGACUGAGCAGGAGCUGAACCAGAUCUUUGGCACUCUGGACUCACUGAUACCCCUGCAUGAAGACCUACUGAGUCACCUCAGAGACGCAAGAAAACCUGACGGGUCCACAGAACAUGUGGGACACAUUCUGACUGACUGGCUGCCCUGUCUCUCCUCCUACACUCCAUACUGCAGUAACCAGGUGCAGGCCAAGGCCUUGUUGGACCAAAAAAAGCAGGAUCGGCGGGUCCAGGACUUCUUGCAGCGCUGUCUCCAGUCCCCCUUUAGCAGAAAGUUGGACCUGUGGAACUUCCUGGACAUCCCCCGCAGCCGACUGGUGAAAUACCCGCUGCUGCUCAGGGAGAUCCUGAAGCACACGCCCAACGACCACCCGGAUCGGCAGCACCUGGACGAGGCGAUGCUGAUGGUUCAGAGCGUGGUGGCAGACAUCAACAGGCGGACGGGGGAGUCGGAGUGUCAGUACUACAAGGACCGUCUGUUGUACGCAGAGGACGGACAGAAGGAUGAACUCAUUGACCGGUCCAAGACCCUCAGCUGCCACGGAGAACUGAAGAACAACAGAGGACUCAAGCUCCACGUGUUUCUGUUCCAGGACGUCCUGGUCAUCACCAGGUCCGUCUCGCUGAACGACCAGCCCGUCAGCUACCAGCUCUGCCGCCAGCCAAUCCCAAUCCGACAGCUGGACCUGGAGGACCUAUCAGACGGAGAGAUGAGAGUGGGCGGGUCCAUCAGAGGAGCCUUCAGCAACAAUGAGCGGACAAAGAACUUCUUCCGGGUUUCCUACCGUACUGGAGGUCAGCUGCAGAGCCACUGCUUCCAGGCCAGUGACGCCUUCAACAAACAGCAAUGGAUCAACUGCAUCCGACAAGCCAAGGAAGCUGCAGCACUGACUGGAGACCAGCCGCCACAGACAGGACAAUGUCUGGAGACAGAGCUGGGUGGACAGUUAGGGCUGCUUGGUGAGACAGGUCUGAGUUUGCGCAGUGAUUCAGGUAUUGAAGUUGAAAAAGGGAUGUGGGGGGAGGUGGAGACAGGGCUGCGUUUGGAGGGAGAGGUAGGUCUGAGUGCAGAGAAAGAUCUCAGUUUGGGUGAAGAGGCUGGGGUGACGGGGAGGGAGGUGGAGACAGGUUUGGGUGUGGAUGGUGGGAUGAGUUUGGAAUUAGAUGGAGAAAAAGGGAUGGACGGUGAAAUGAGGCCGACGAUCAGUGAGACGGGUGUGGAGAUGGAGACAGGGCAUGGUGUCUGUGGCGUCAUAGGAGCAGAGCCAGGAGCCAGUGCAGACCCGAAGAUGGACGGAGGAAAAGGAGAGACUCUCAACGAAGGUGCUAAUAACAUUCCCGACCCCCUUAUCUCCUCUGCUUCUCCUUGUCAAGAGAAGGGGGAGGUGAUGGAGGAGGAGCGGAGGGGGGUAGAGGAGGGCGAAGAGGUCGGCAUGGAAACCAGCGAUGUUGACUCACUGCAGUGCGAGGAGCUGACCCACAGGUGCUGACCAGUCGAAUUGAGGACUUGGUGAUGAUGCAACUGACAAAGACAAAGACAAAAGAAUAUCACUACAAACUUGUCACUACACAUUUAACCAAUGUGUUCUAGAACGCUGCAACUGCUGUAUCCUGACUGCUGGUAACCGUGGUAACCACUGUGUUCUAGAAUGCCACCCCAUUCCAUGGAACACUGGCUCCCCCCGCGCGACUGUACUGACUGCAUGGAUGUAUUUGGACGACUGGAUACCGUGUUCAAAAAACGGUGCCAGUGACGUAGUCAAGACCAUCUUUCAUCGAGGCAGAGACCAGGACUAGUCGGGACCAAGUCAAGACCGAGUCCAAAGAGGUUCGAGUCCAAGUCAAGAGUCCAAAUGAGAGGGACAGAAAAAAAAGAAUGCUUUUGUUACUUGCCAAUGAGAUGAGUUUUUGCUCCCAGGCAUACAAGAGGCAUCAAUUGUGAGUGCCCAUUCUAGAUGGAUUUUAAAAUUAAACCGAUAACUUGUUUUCUGAACAAGCGCGCUUCAUCAAUGGUUUGUUUUGAAGGAGGUAGUUGGGAAUUGGCAGAGUCCAAGACAGGUCUGAGACACAAAAAAAAAAAUAUCUUGAGACCGGACUUGAGCACCGGAUGGUGGCCUGUUCAUUCUAGUGAAAGUUGCUCACCAGGCACAUACUGUAAAAAACAUUUUUCAAGGUUCCUCAUGCUUUUCUUUUUUUCCCGAUAGAGCGACUUCCUGUUGACUUCCCACACACAAAUUGAUUUACUGGUACAUGUUUAUCAGACCCAAUGCCUCAAAUUCUGAUGAUUCAAACACUUCAGUUGAAAGGAAAAAAUGGAUUUAUGGCUUCACUGCCUUGUGAAUUUAUAUAUGUGUAUAGGAAAAUGUAUUUUUCAUGUGACCUGCAGUUCCAAAUGUAGCCACUGCGUACCAGCCCAACGCUGUUUCCUGGGGGUUUGACCUUUUGUCAGGUUACUAUGACUACCGCUGUGUUCCACACAAGUUGACCGUGUUGCCAUGGUAAUCACAGUUCACCUUAUUAGAGGGUAAACAUAUUUCCUAGCUUGUUUGAUCCCAGUUUACUUUAAUCUGAAUUUAUAUCUUCAUAACAUUAGCUAACUUACUUUUUUUUUGCACUUGACCUGCCUUUGGACAAACUGGUUUGCUGCCAAUUGACCCUUCCUAAGUCCCGCCCCUUUUUGCUCUGUGCUCCAAUAAGAGUUGAGGAAACCUCGGUCAGAACUUCAGUCAACUUUCUCCUGUAUAUACAUGUGCUAGGUUUGUCUAUGUUGAAAAGACAGCCACUCUGCUUAAUUGUUAUUGGAGCACAGAGCAAAAAGGGGCGGGACUUAGGAAGGGUUAGUAGUCUUGGCCUUUACAAAAGGCUGUCACCUCUUAAUUAAUUAAAAACUGUCAGCUGUUUGAGCUGUUAAAGUUACCCUGUGGAGUUUGUGACCAAUACUGACACUAUGAACAGGUUGUUUGUAUCUCAUGCUCUAUAUUUGGAUGUGCACUAGGAUAUACAUGGACGUGCACAUCAACACACUGAAAGUAAAAAUAACAAGAAAACUCCACAGGGCACCUUUAAAAAGCUCUACCAGUUAUUUUAAACAGAAAAGGCACAUACUUUAUGAAUUUCUUCUAUUUGCUGGUUAAUAUUUACUGAAAACCUCUGCCACAGUUCUGUUGUAAUAAAUAUCAGCAGCAUUCUCAGGUAAUUUUACACAAAGGUUGUGAAUAAAUAUAAAUGGCCUUUUGCAUUUUAAACACUUCCAAUGAAUGAUAAAGAAUUAUGCUUGCAGUCAAUGCUAACUCAAUGUUAGAAAAACAUGAAACUGAGCAUUGCAAAUAUCAAGUCUUAAAAGGAAACUCUAGUAUUACGACUACUGGUCAUUUAUCACCUUGAAGAGAUUUUGAAGAACUUUCUGUCAAAAACUAUGUCAGCUAGAGUUGCAGCUUUCCAAAACCAAUUAAACAGUAAUCAUCUUAAACUAGCUAAACUAAAAUGUUUUAAUCUAUAAUUUGGGGGAUUUUCAUUCUUCCAGAUCUGUUAAAGGAUUUCUGUCUAAAACUAUCUUUAAAUAAUGUCUUAAAAUCAGUUGUAAUGUCUGAAAACACUGGAGGAAACAGAGCUGUGCACUCAGUUCCAAAUCAUUUAUUAGCCAGCCAGUCUACAUUCACAAUGAUUUGCUAAAACACAAACAACCAGCCUCCUACAAAUAAUGUUCAUGUGCCACUAGUCCGCAUUAGAAAAUAAAUAAAUAAAAGAGAAAAGUAAUGUAGGUGCAGUGAUUACAGUAUGUGUGAUGGCAACACUCAGAGCAGGAGGGAUGACUAUGAUUUUUCUUUAAAAGAGCUUUUAUUGCCUCAAACCUGCAUUAAUCAACAUUUUUUAGUUUUUUUUUAAGCUUCUUUUAGGUCCUAGUUUUGGUUUUAUGGCACAUUUACUGUAUGAUUCAAUAUUUGUGUUUUUUUCUGUACACCACCUGCCCAGCACCAAACUACAGACGGAUAAAGUUAGAGACCAGCUGGUGAAUAAAGUGGAACAUGUAGCAGCUAAACAGUCAGAUAUUUUUUCUCAGGAGACCAAACCAGAGCUGAAAGAGAGUCACCAUUGGACUGGCAUUCAUCAGAUGGACACAAACAACUCCAAUGGGAUGGUGUUCUCUGUCUGUGAUAACCACUUUAUACAGGGUCUUAAAAAGUCUAAAAUCCAAUCACCUAAAUAUGAUUUUGUGUUUUGGGGAAAACAACGGAUAUACAAUACAAAUUUUCCUUCAUAUCCUUCAUACCUUUUUCUAGUACGGACAUAAAAUAGGUCUUGAAUUGAAUUGAUAAUAGUCUUAAAAUGGUCUUUAAAAGUCUUAAAUCUAUCCUGUUAAACCCUGUUUAUAAAGCGAGAUAGUGGUAGCUGUGUAUCUGUUUGAUGUUUCUCCAUCUGAGUUGAGAUGAUUGAUUAAUGCAGUGUUUUUACAGUAGUUGGCAUCUACACAGAAAUACUGCUGAAUACAAAUAACUGAAAAAUAUAUUCAGUGAAUAUUUCGCACACAUUUACGAAAAACUUAAUUUCUCCAUAUGGUGUAACUUUUCCUUCAAAACAUAAUGUGCUAAUCCCAAAUGGUUGUGUAUGAAUGGAGGUGAUGGCAGACAAGGCUACCGAUACAGUGUUGUAGUUGACUUAAGGCCUUCCAAAUACAUUAAAUGUUAAAUGGGUUUUCAUCUAUCUCCACGGUUUUACCACAAAAUCCUGUGAAACUGACACAACCUUCAGCUGCUGUAGGUGCUACUACACACUGCUGCUAAAGGGAAAUGUCCAGUGUUUUGUCACGGCAAUCAGAGAGGUCCCAGAGGAGGAGCCUGUUGUGUGUAUGUACUGUAUGUAUGUAAAGAAUGUAUAUUAAGUCUAUCUGUAUAUGAAUGUAGGAACAAAGCCAAGCAUGUCUGUUAUGUCAUAUAUGUGCUGACACAUUAUGUGAGAAAUAUGACGUACAAUGUCAAGACAAUCAGUUUGAUGUUAUAAUGGUUAGGUCGGUUUAGUUGUUGUUGAUAGUGUUGGGCAGUAACUCAUUGCUAGUUAGAAUAUUACUUCCCCCAGUAACUAGUAGUGUAACUAAUUACUAUUAGAUUUCAAGUUUCAGUAAUUAGUUACAACUUUACUUUUGUUCCCACCCUCCUACUGAUUUAAAAUCCAGCAAUUCAAUCACAUCCUUGGAUUAUUUUUUGUAAUCGUGGAGGAAACUAGUUUGGAAGAUGGUAACACAUAUAUUCAGCUGGAAGUAUUCACAUUACUUUGAUUUUAACUAACAAAACUGGAUUUCAAUCGACGUAAGUCUGAAUUUUGGAGAGAAGGAGUAGCACAAAAGUAAUAUAACUAGUGUAACUAAUUACUGUUGGCAGGGAGUAAUAAGUAAAGUAAUAAUAUUACUUUUUUUGAGUAACUAGCCCCACGCUGUUUAUGAUGAUGAAGAUUAUUAAUGGAUUAAGGACACCACACUGUGAAGGCUAUUAAAAAUUUACCAAAUUUUUAAAGAAAGAUUAUUUGCACAUUUCAGAAAAGACUUAAGAGAAAAUGUCCCAAAUAAAAUAUGUGACAGUUGCUCUUCAUUCUGUUCAUGAAACAUAAAACGGUGAUAUUUAGUUGUGGUAUCUAAUGUGUGGAUUGUCACAGGAUCAAAGCACCAAUAAACUGUUGUAAAAGAAACCCUGUCGGUGAUUGGGUGGUUACUGGUGAUUGCAAAGGAAAUGUUGGGAUGUUUAAAUAAAGACAAAAAAGGUU